AUGGCAGCCGCGCCCGGGGGCCCUCUGCGCUCCGCCGGCCCCGCGCGGGCCGACGCCGUCGCCUCAGCGCUAGGCCACAGGCCUCGGCCCGCCGCCCGGCACAGGCACGACACGACUCCGGCUGGCUUCGGGCCCGGCCGCCUUGUCCGGGCAGCUGCCGCUCACCUGCGGCCGCCGCGGCCGGCUCGCCGCCUGCCCGCGGUGCGGGCCGAGGAGGAGACGCGCCGACCCGGCCGGGCCAGGCCCCGCCAGCGCCGCUCCGCCGCCUCCCUCCUCCUCCCUCCCCCGCAUGCGCGCGCCCGGCGCCGCCAUCCCGCCGGCGCGCGCGACCCGCGCUUGCGCGCGCCCCCCCGCGCCCACUCUUGGGGUUCGGCGGCGGCCAAUCAGCGCGCGCCCGCGCGAGCUCCCCCCCUCCCAUCCCCUUACCCCCCACCGCCCCCCCCAUCCACGGGCGCCCCCCCUUACUCCCCCUCCCGUAAGCGCCAUCACCCCGGGGUACACACACUCAGUGCUGCCCCCCCCCGGUGUGACCCGCCGGGCCCGCUCCCCCCUGCGCACCGGACACACCGGCUCGGCCUCGCGCACAUGGCGGCACACCCGGCCCCGCACCCUCGGGCCCGCUACCCCCAUCUCAAGCAGUGGUGGGGGCACCGGGCCUCCGGGACGGGGCGGGACGGGGCGGCCGGGCAGUGCCUCACCUGCCGGCCCCGGUGCCCCAGCCGGCCGCUGCCCUCUCCCCCCUCCGUUUCCCCUCCCGGUCGGCCGCGGGGCCGGUAA